CGCUAAAUUAGGACCCCAAAUAGUAUAAACAUUGGAAGUUUUAACAAUUAAUUUCUCAAAGAGAAUACAUGAUAUUAUUUUAUACUUUGUAAAACUGUUAGUCUUCAAGUGUCUGUGAAGUUAAUUUUGGGAAGCAAAAAGAAUGACCACCAUUUCUCGAAUCGGUUUAUAUCACUUGACUACAUGAAGUAUAAACUUCGUCAAAUUCAAGAUGGCUUCCAAUCCAGUGGUAUUUUUCGACAUUUCUAUCGGCGGUCAGGUAUGAAUUCGCAAAACUAUAGAUUAUUCUAUUGAGUUCGGUUCAUAUUCGAUUUGUCUAUUUAUUUAUCAUCAUGGAUGAAGUAUAAUUUUCUGGUGGGGGAAGCAACACUGUGUAAUAAUCAAGUCGUUAAAAUAUUGGUUGUAUAGCACGUGUUAUUUUUUGUGUAACUUUGUUGUACUUGAGUUUGAUGUAUUUGUCUUGUGUUGUAGGAUGUUGGAAGAUUGAAAAUGGAGUUAUUUGCGGACGUUGUACCGAAAACUGCUGAAAAUUUUAGGUAAAUGGAAUCAAUUUGUAUUCUAUUUAUAAACUGUCUGUGCGGCCUUAAACAGACUUCGCCAGGCUAUAUUUACGGCACUCUAUGUACCGAACCGUCAUUAUAAAGCGUAUUGUUUACAACGGAUUUCAGCGAGCUCGAAAAUAGCUCAGAAGGUUAGGCAAAUGGCUGCUGUGUUGUAGUCCGCGGGUUCGAAUCCGAGGUGUGACAGGGUUUUUUCGGGUUAGGGUUAGGGGAAGGAUUGGGGUUAGGGUUAUUUUUGUUUUAAUUUGACUUUAACGAUAAAUACAGAUUGUAUGGAGACUAAGAACGAGAGUGCCGUAAAUAUAGCCUGGCGAAGUCUGUUUACGGGCCCGUAGAUAUAGCCACUUCCUUAAAUAUCGGUCGACAUUGUCCGAGUGUCCGACCCAUUCGUGAAAUUGUCUGACGUAGUCAGAAAUUAACCACCGGACAUUCCGUCCAACCUAAGUGAAACUGAGGUUUAUUGUAACUUGUCUGACCCGGAUCAGAGUAAUGUAUAAAGGCCCAUUUCCACUCAAGAAAAAUUUCCACAGACAGAAAAUUUUCCAAAAAUAUCAUUGUUAAAAGUUGAAAAUUUUCAACUUCAAAAUUUUUUUCCGACGGAAAAUUUGUGUUGGCCACUCACAUUUUACAAAAUUUUCUUUCUGCGGAAAAUUUUCCUUAGUGGAAAUGGGCCUUAAAAGGUGAACUGCAAAAUGGGCUUAAGUUGUUGAAAUCUUACUGUACUGCUGUUAUAGGCAAGCAAGUUAAUUUUGGCUUGGAAAUAAAUAUGAAUGACACAAAUUAUUUAAUAUCUUCACAACAUUUACUGUUCGGAAAAAAUACAUUGAUCACACUGAUAUUAAUGUGUGUCAUUCAGACUUAUUGCAGACUUAUUGUCGGAAAUAAUACAUUGAUCACACUGAUAUUAAUGUGUGUCAUUCAGACUUAUUGCCAAGCCAAACUGAACUUUCAAGAUCAUCGGACAUCAUGCAUAUGUCCGACCCAGACUCACAGUCAUUGGACAUUUUGUCAGACGGCCCUGUAAAUAAAGUUUUCUAUCUAUCUAAAUUCUGGCCAUUUUAGGUACCGUACUGCAUAUACCUGUACACCCGAUUAGCACGUUUGAUGCCGGCUGACAGCCGGAAAUUUUGUCUCCGAUUGCUCGGCUGCCAGCCGGGCUGUACUAUAGUAUACUGUUUGUUCAAAAAAUGUGUGCAUUUUGGAGACUGGUUCCAGAAUGUUUUCAUAAGCAGAAAACCACCAAAAUUACAUUACAUUUUCUGAAAAUCAUCGAUAUGAAAAUAAUGCAAUAUGGCUAUCAGCUGGGCCUGUCUGUAGUAUACUAUAGUAUACUACAAUACAUCACGGCUACCAGCCGGCAAUACGGCUAUCAGCCGAUCUUGUCUGUAGUAUACUGUAGUAUAUCUGUAGUACACUGUAGUAUACUACAAUACAUCACAGCUACCAGCCAGCAAUAUGGCUAUCAGCCGUGAUGUAUUGUAGUAAUCGGCUGAUAGCCGUAUUGCUGGCAGGUACAUAGCUGUGAUGUAUUGUAGUAUAGUACAGUAUACUACAGACAUAAUUCUCAAUUUUCUCUUUGCCGUAAUUGUUUUUUUUUCUCAUUUAUUUACUUGUCGCAUAGCUAGCUGUAUGCAUUGGGAAGAUGAAUUUAGAUGCAUUUCGAUGAUUUUCGGAAAAUUUAAUGUAAUUUUGGUGGUUUUCUGCUUAUGAAAACAUUCUAGAACCAGUUUCCGAAAUGCGCACAUUUUUUGAACGAACAGUAUACUAUAGUACAGCCCGGCUGGCAGCCGAGCAAUCGGAGACAAAAUUUCCGGCUGUCAGCUGGCGUCAAACACGCUAAUCGGGUGACCUGUAGCAAUGCUCUAUUUUAUGAACCCAUGCACACAGCAUUUUUAUAAAUAUAAUUAAGCUGGCCAUCAUUAUCUUCUAGCUACAGGUGUAUAGCUAAGACCCUGUCAAGAUGAUUUGCAGCAAUAGUUUGUUUUAGUGGUGAUAUACCUAUUUGAUUUUUCUUUCCAAGUUAAAUUUUGAAAGAUAAAUUAUUUUUCUAGUAUAAAUUAGACCAGUCUAAUCCUGCCAAUCUUUAUUUCUUGCAGACAGUUUUGUACUGGAGAAUAUAAGUAAGUGAACAUUGAUUUUGGGCAUCUCACUCGACAGAACUAAUUGUUAGAGGGUGUUGUACAUUGAAAUUUCAAGUGUAAAUUUUAUACAUUACUAGACCUACAGUAAAAUAAAUUUCGACAAUUGUCCAGAAAAAAUGUCCAACCAAAAUUUGUUUGCAAGCUUUCAAAUUUAAUCAGAUAUUAUUUUUAUUUCAUUUUGACUGAUGGCAAAUCACAUUGGGCAAAUCACGACAAAUAAAAGAUACAGUAGCAGUUUAUGCCUAACACUAUACCCUACUUUCAAAAUACUUUAAUUUAAAUUUACAACUAGGUAUUCUUUCUAGACAGUCUUGGGAAUAGUGUUCAUUGUUCCUCGUUUCCUGAAUUUGCCUGUUACAACUGUUCCUCAAAAUUGCAUAAAAACAAUAAAUAUUUGGAAAAUUUAACCAUAGAUUAUGCCAGUAUGCAACUGUUAAUGUAUACUUGACUAAUUGUUACAUAUCUCAAUAAUGAGGAAGUUACAUGUCUCAAAUAAGGAAGUGUGAUCUAUGAUACGUGAAAAUUCCUAUGUGUGAAAAAUUGAAAUUGUUCCACAUUCUUUUUGCAUGCUACUUCUGCAAAUGUUCCUCAGGAUCCAGGAUGUGAUAUUUUCCAGAUCUGUUUGCAGAGUGAUCGGACGCAGUCUAUGGUUAAACUUGCUGCUAUUUUUUCUAGACAAAAAAUCUGGCUAAUAAUUUAGCAUUUUAUUGGAAAACUGGUGUAAUUUGGUUGGAAAAUGUCCAAUGUGCGACCAUUAUUUCAGGCUUCGAGGCUUGAUAGGCUUUCUGGAAAAUACAUGAUCAUUAUUAUAUAGUCAUUACUAAAUUCUGUCUACCUGUAGCUUUUGAGAGAAGAUACACCAGGUUUUAAAUUGAACUGUUUUACCUUGUGUUAAUUGUAGAAAGGAUGGCGCCCCUAUUGGUUUUAAAACUGCAACAUUUCACAGGUAUUAUUGUGAAAAACUUGCAUCUACUGUAGAACAGCAUUUUGUAAAUUGAAGAUUCUUGUCAAAACAAGACAAAACAAUGCACAUGCAGGUGAUAUUUCUAAGUAAUAUUUAUUUUGAAAAAAAAUAUAACAAUUUAUUGUUUUGUCUUGUUUAUUGUUAUCUUCAGUUUAAAACUUGUUUUUCUCCAGAAUAUAUUUCAUUAUUGAAUUAUUGAUAUUUUAAGUCGCAUGCUGAUUAUGGCUGCAUUUACUGCUAUUUUUCAUACACAGUAUUUGAUAUUAUAGAAUAUUUAGUUAUUGUAGUACAGUAAAAACUUGCAUCAGUGGGUUAGCAGAUAUACAUGUAUGCUUGAUUUAAUAUCAUAAUUUCAAAUUCUAAACCAGGAACAAUUGUUUUUGACUAGAAAUACGAACCAGUUAAGAGCCAAAUCAGCCUGAUUUUUCACCAAACACGUACAGUAUUGUACAGUAUAAGAUGCAAUUGUCUGUAAUAAAAAAAACUGUAGCUGCUUCAUUCAAGAGACAAUCAUGGAACAAGUUGUCUCUGAUGGCCUAAUGAUAAAUUCCCACUCUUUGGUGUUUAUUAUGUAGGGUUAUUAAAGAUUUUAUGGUCCAAGGAGGUGAUUUUAUAAAGGUGCUGUAUGGAGUAUAACCUUGUUACAAAUGAACUUUAACUGGCACAUGUACAUGUACAUAUGUAUUUGUACACACUGCAAAAGCCCUAAGUAUUUUGAUUCGAAAACUGGAUUAAAAUAAUACCCCACAGUGACUCAAAAUUUAAAUUUUGCCCUGAAUUAAGAAAAAAAUGCCUUCCUCAUUUGUCAAUCAUAUUUGAGUAAUUUUGCCUUCUAUAUGAUUAUGGGUAAAAUUACUGACAAAUUUAUGAGCAGUGUGAGGACCCUCUGAUGUAAACACAAUACCCAAAUUUCGCGUUGUUUAGACAUCUUCUAAUCUAACUUUUUAAAGCAUAUUUCAUGAAUAUAGUGUUCCGCUGUCUGAACGGAUUUGACCGCCUCUAGCCUCCUCCGCAGGCAUCUCGUAGUUCACGUACUAUAGAAAGUUAUUUUUUUUGCCUGCAAGCAAAUUUUGCCCGAUAAUUGAAAGGCGAUGCCUGCGGAGGAGGCUAGACCGCCUCCUAAAUCAUGUUUUUGAAUCAGGGUUAACGUUAUGGGGUGAUCUGUCGUGAUCACAUAAUUUGCAAGGGUGUACGUCUGGAAUCUCUCGUUUGAGGUCAUAGACGGAUUUUCAUAUUUUUUACUGGGGUGGUGCCAGAAAUUUUAGGGGGGUGAGCCGUGAGCAGGUGACUGAAGCAACACAAAGUGUCACCAAACCCCAGUAAAGUCUAUAUUCUAGGGGUGGAUCACUAGAGCCGCGAGGGGGAGUCUACAGAGCAGAAAACAAAGUAUCCCUGGAAAAAUUUGAAAAAAAUCAUGAUUUCUAGCUUCGAAAAAAAGUUUUUUGAAGUUGUCAUAUCAAUGGAUUUGGCAUGUCCGGAAGUCUGUUGAGACUUGAGAGAGUUAACGUUAAAUGAACCUGUAAAAGUGUAAACCCAAUAGGCCAAUACACAAUAUGCUUUUACUUUUAUAUAGUCAUUGACAUUGUGUCGUUUGAAUCCGAGUACAAUUUAUGACGCAACUCCGAUGUAAAUAAUGUUUGGGGCGUAAAGAUUAAAUCUAGGCAAGUCUAUUUCCUAAAAGAAUUAAAAACUAAAAAUAAUGUUCGUAAAAAUUCCAAAUGUUCCUUGCGAGCAAGCUAUUUGCAUGACAAGGCACUGCAAACUCUAUUCAGGGGAGAUAAUAGAGUUUCAAAACUUUACAAGUUGCUCCAAUAAAUCAGUGAAUGCAAGCGAGGAGCGAUUAGUUUCAGAGUAUUGCACUGUCUUUUUCUAUUUGAGUGUACUCCUACAUUUAUUUUGUUUCAUCAACACUCUGCACGUUGGAGUGGACUAUAUAAUUAUUUUUUAUUAUGCAGAAUAUGGGGGGGUUGAAAUUUUUUUUGGAGGGGUGGACAUUUUGUUUGGGGGGGUUAUAGCUAAUAUUGGGGGGGUAGCACCCUCCCACAAAAUCCGUCUAUGUUUGAGGUUCCGAGGUUAUUUAUUAAAUGCAUGGUCAAAGAGAGUUAACUGUUGCGCUUGACUGCCGGAAUCUUAUAUUGACCCUCCUGUAAUCAAUUAACAUCAACUUCGAACUUUCAUCACCUUUCAACGAAUUGUACCAACAGGUGCGAAAUGUCUUUUUAUCCUUGAUAAUUCUUCAUAUAAUGCUCAACCUCAUUCAAUAAUUGUUAAGUAUCGCCAUUAAUUCCUAAUAAUCCACGAUUGUUCUCUAAAAUCUUGGAUGAACAAAUAUAAAUCUAUUUCCAUCCAUGCAGCCUAUGAAUAUGUCCUGGUCAGAACCAAUUUCAGUAUGAUAUCACUUAAUCAAAUUACAGUACUAUACACUCAUAACAAUUAGCCGAUUUAUAGAAGAUUUUGUUAGAUUUUAAAGGGGCAGUGUCAUCACAAUUUUUAUUUUCUUAAACGCAAAUGCUCUUAAAACUGUAUAAUAAUUUGUUUUGAAGAUUUUGGUUCUCAUGCUUAGUUCUUGAGAUAUUUCAUUUUGUUUGUAACCAUGCGACGUCAUUUACUCAAUUACAUAUAUUAAUGAGAUAUCAGUAAUUGUUGUGUAUCUUUGCUAUUUUUUAUCAAAAUCUUUCGAAAGAUGCGGCGCGUUUUUUAAUUUAACCUACAUCAUUAAGCAUACUGUUUUUUAAAACAAAUCCAUAAAAAAUUGCAAAGAUACACAACAAUUACUGAUAUCUCAUUAUAUAUGCAAUUGAGUAAAUGACGUCACAUGAUUACAAACAAAAUGAAAUAUCUGAAGAACUAAGCAUGGGAACAAAAUUCUUCAAAACAAGUUAUUAUACAGUUUUAAGAGCAUUUUCGUUUAAGAAAAUAAAAAGUUUGAUGACAGUGCCCCUUUAAACUCAAUCAGUAAUUGUUUGCAUCAUAUUUGCAGGGUGAUGGUACAGGCUUGUGUAGUAUAUAUGGUGGGGUUGCUUUUCCAGAUGAGAAUUUCAAGUUAAAACACGACAAGGCUGGUUUACUGUCUAUGGUAAAUAAUGUAUAUUUUGAAAUUGAAUGAACUUUAAAAUACUGUAUGCUGAUAAUUACAUGUACAUGUACAUUAUUAUUUGUUACAUAAUUUGUCAUGUGUUUUUAGGCAAACAGUGGACCACAUACUAAUGGCUGUCAGGUAAUUGUAUAA